AAUAAUUAAUAUAUCAAACAAAAUUAAUUAUUUUUCUUACAUAUAUCUCCACUCUCUCCUUUUAUAUAAACACUGCUAACUCUUCACUCCACCAACCUUUUUUCUUUCUCAAUAAUUUCAAGAAUGGCUAUUCUUUUUUUCUUUUUCUUUUUAUUUAUUUCCACAUUUUUGUGUGAAUUCUCUCUCGCUAUGACCACAAUUUCAGCAGUUACGAAAGACCAGAUUGCCUGCACAAUGUGCUCUUCUUGUGACAACCCCUGCCAACCAAUUUUCUCGCCGCCUCCACCGCCGCCGCAGCAAGUGCCUUCCCCUCCGCCACCGUCUCCGCCGCCUCCGGCGGGGCUCGACUGCCCACCUCCACCUUCACCCCCCAGUGGGGGAGGCGGUGUGUACUACUUCUCGCCACCUCCUCCGAUGCAGCAAUCCUACUAUUACCCACCACCGUACGGAGGCGGCGGUGGCGGCGGCGCGUACAAUCCACCGUCUUACGGAUAUCUCACACCGCCGCCGAACCCGAUUGUGUCGUAUUUCCCUUACUACUACUACAAUACUCCACCGGGUUCUCCUCGCCCAGAUAACUCGCUUUCCGUGCAAUUCAAAAGCCACCCUUUAAUUUCUUUUCUAUUUAUCAUACUUUGUACUUUCUUCUCACUCUAAUUUUAAUUCCGACAACUAAAAAUUAACGUAUCUAUACAUAUAUAUUAUUAUUAUAUUAUUAUCUACUGUUUUUUUUUUCUUUUUUUCGCAACUUAAUCAUAAUUGUCAGGUCAAUUUAAAACAUGGGCAGCAAAAGAUUUAUGGCUUUCAGCAAGAAAAAGAGAACAGUGGCCAAGGAGAAAAUUACUGGUAUGAAAUGAAGGAAUGCUGAUUGAAGUGAAAAUACCAAAGUGACCCUUCUAGAGUAUUCAUUAUUUUGGUAGAAUAAUAAUAGUCCGUCACAUUAUAUUGUAGCUAAAGUUUUAUUGUCCAUAGUACUAGUUUCAAUAAUUGUCGUUUGUAUUUAAACAUGUGCAUUUCAUUUCUAAUUAAACAAUUACACAAUUUUGAUAUUUUCA